AUGUCCUCAAAGAAGAAAGUGAAGAUAAAUGCUUCCAGGAAGGAACGACGGGAGCACAAAGCCAACUCCCAUCCUCGUCGCAAAUUACUUCCACUUGAGGAACCAGAUGUCUCAAGGAUAUUGAAGGUAGCGGAAGCAAAUCAACUCGAGGAGCUUGAUGAUUCAUUCGAUCACCCUUUGCACAGUACUGCUGUGGAUGCUUAUGGAGAGGAACAUUUGCAAAACGAGUCACUUGGUCAUGUUUCAGCACCGCAAAGGGAAAACACAGAAAGGAGUAAAAAAAGGCAUCGCUCAAUAACGUCUGAUGGCGAUGUUCAAAAAUUCACCAGAGCUGAUCCUGAAGAUGAACCCCGUAAAGAGAAUACGAAGGCCCUAAAUACUACUCAAUUCCAGGUGAAAAAGAAGCGGCCUUCAGAGAAGAACGCGUCAGAUCCUUCUGUGGAUAGCCCAUGUUCUGUACAAGUUUGGUGUACCGAAGAGCUGAAGAGAUCUCCUAGAGAUAUUACAGAACUGGAUGUUGUUCUGGCUGGAUUUGAGAAGAUAGCAGCAAAUUACAGACAAGGCAUAGAAUCAAACAUUGCCCGAAAAGCUAUCAAUGGCUUCUGUUCUGCUUUCAAGGACCAAAUCACUGAUCUUAUAGUGGAAGUGCAGGAAAUAAAGAAUAUGAAGCAAAAAAACGCUAAGAUGACAGCAGACAUUAAAAAGAAAAGGCAGCAACUGUUGCAACUCAGAGAAGAGCUAAUUGGAGCUGAACCACAACUGAUACAACUACAAAGAGAAUAUGCUCAGGUACAGGAAAGGGAAUCUUCCUUGAAGCAAGCAACUGCAUUACUUACUGAUUUAAAGGACCUACAGCAAGACUGUUUGGAUUAUAGAGAAGAAAACCCAAAAGAAAAAGUGGUAUAUGGAAUUUCCAGCCUCCCUGCUCUUCUGGUGGAGUCGCGGAGAAUUCUAGGAGCAGAAAGACACUUUCAGAAUAUUAACAGGAAGCUGGAAGAAGCUCUGACUGUACAAAGAGGGAAGUUAUCAAAGAAACAUUAA